ACUUAUGACGAUGUUACUUUUCAGUUCUGUGUUGAAAACAUAAACGAUUAGUGAUUUUAACUAAUGGACUUUUGAACAUUCCUUUUUUAAUUUCUAAAAUGUAAUUUGGUCGUGUGACAAUAAUAAUUUUCUAUAUAGAAAAUCGUUGUUGCAAAUUAUAAAAAAUUCUACUGGCAAUAAAUCCUAUUAAAAAUAUUUCAAAAAUUCAGUGUUUUAUAAAAUGGAAAAUGUGGAAGAAAUUUUACUUGACGAUUUUCAAAUUAUAAAAUCGGUGACAUCAUUAUGUGACAAUUUAGAGAUUUGGAUGACGCGACUUCCAGCUUCUCUUCGCAGUAUACCAAUAAUUCAUUUGGCAAUUCCCGGAUCACAUAAUACAAUGACCUACACAAUAAAUCAUGACAAAAACAUGGGAAUAGAUGAAUCUCCACUACUACAAUUCUUUGGACGAUGUUGCUCAUGCAUCUUUAAACCAAUUAUUACCAAUUGGUUUUACAAUCAACAAAUAUCGGUAAUAGAACAACUAAACGGAGGAAUUCGCUAUCUUGAUCUACGUGUGGCAACAAAAUCGGACAGUGAUUCAAUUUAUUUUAUUCACGGACUCUAUGGAGCCGAAAUUACUGAACCCCUUCAACAAAUUAAUGAAUGGCUUUCGUCUCAUCCCUUCGAAUUAUUGAUUCUAGAUUUUCAACACUUUUAUUCCUUCUCAGAUGAUAAUCAUCUACAGCUAAUUGCAAAAAUUAAAAAUAUUUUUAACGGUAAACUUUGUCCAUUUUACAAUCAAUUCGAUCACAUUACAUUGCAAUGGUUGAGUUCAGAAAAAUAUCAACUUCUCAUCAUCUACAGGAAUAGUGUUGCAAAAGAAUUUAAUGAAUUAUGGUCAAGUGGCAUGUGGCCAACACCUUGGCCCAAUGUAACAAGUUCUAAAGAAUUAAUUCAAUAUUUAACAAAAUCAAUUGAAAUAAGAUCGCCAAAUACGGGUUUUAUUUCUCAAUGUUUAUUGACUCCAAAUAGUUCGUAUAUAAUGAGAAAUUUGUGUGGUAAUUUACAUCGAAAUUUAAGUGAAAAGUGUCGACUCGCCUGGUUUCCUUGGAUAAAUUCACAGAAACCAGGAUUUAGAGGCAUUAAUGUCGUUAUCACUGAUUUUGUGUCGGAUUCUGAUUUUUUAUUCUCAAAAACAGUGAUUCAACGAAAUGCACUUUUAGUCGAUCAUGAGGAAGAAAUAGAGUAGAAAUGUGUUAUAUUUUUUUUAAGUUUUAGAAAAUUUGAUUCUGGCACCCAAAUUUGCUUAGCACGUCAGGAUUUUGAGAAAAGAGGGGGUAAAGACUCCAAAAAAGUUUUUUCAGUAUAUUCUUAACUUAAUAAAAUUUAUUUCACUCAAAAUCCUUAAGCGGCGUUUUUGUGUUCAAAUAUAUGUAUGAAAAUGUUUCGAUCACACCAUAUAUGGACCUGUUUAAAGCAAAAAUGCAGUUGUGCCUUUCAAAAAUUUAUAAAUUUAAAUGAAAUCACGAUUUUUAUUAUCAUCUGUAAAUUGUUGCCACAUAGAUAAGUAUGAGAGAAAGAGAUUUCUUUCUUUUCUCCCAAUACAAUUAGAGGCACAUCAUUGAAGAAGGUCUUAAAAGUUUUGUUUUUUUAUCACCUUUUAAGAAAUGCAUUGAACUUUUAUUUUUAUCCAACGCCGUAAUAGAUAUUUUCAUAAGAAGACUUUCAAUUGAAUUUUUUUAAAAUGUGCUAUCACUCAAUCAAACCUUCAUAUUUUUAGUUUUAGUGGUGGCACACUAAUAAGAUAGUGAAAAUUUGUUGAUAAAAUAUGUCUGUUAGAUAUUUCCAUAAUAGCUGAAGUGAUAUUUUACACGCCGCAAAAAUAAAAACGUUAAGAAUAUAAACUUUUUUCAAGAAAUUCAAAUGAAAUUUAAGCUUUUUUUCACUUUUUAACUUAUAAAACUAAUUGUCAAAUAAAUAUUUUGUUCUAAUACUGUACAUAAAUGUUCCUUUGUAUAUAAUUUAGCAUUAAAAAAAAUGAUACCCAAAGUUUUAAUUAAAAAUAAUUCAGAUUUUUAAGUCCUCGACUCACCUACGUC